ACCUUCUACUACUCUCUUCUCUUAGGAACGGAAGAUCCAGCGCGGAGGAGAAAUAUUCCAACCACCAGUUGGGGAUCGGAGAGAGAGAGAGCGAUCGCCUGCUGAAUGCGGCAGUGAAAGCUCCUUUUUGGAAUUAUGGCCUAUCAACAAGUGUCACUGGAGCUGGUGAGGGACGGUCAGUGCACCCCAUGGGGGUUCCGGAUGACCGGUGGGGCGGAUAUAGGCACCCCUCUUGUUAUUCAGAAGAUUACAUUUGGUAGCCCUUCGGAAGGAGAGCUUCAAAAAGGCGACAUCAUUUUGAGAAUAAGAGACACCGAUGCAUCUCGGCUGUCACAUCAAGCCGCCACGGACCUCAUACUCAAAACUGGAAGCACGCUCAAGUUGAUUGUAGCGAGGCAUGUAUCAAAUAUUCCUGGAGGAGUUCCUGUUCCUAAUUAUGUAGGAACUCCUUUAAGACCAUUGCUAACGCCAGCGCCCUCUGACCAAAGUCUCUUCAAGCCAUUGCCAACCACAAAUUUCGGAUCUCCACAACAAAGAAGGAUGUCUACCGAAUCCUACACUAGCACGUGUAGCGAAACAGAAAAAGAAGCAAUUGUUAAUCAACCGUAUCGAUCAACUCCCUUGAUUCUACCUUCUGCAAAACCUGCCAAAGACACUCCAAUCGGUUCCUAUUUAAGAUAUGACCCUUUAACAAGAACAACCACUCCACCUCUGGUACAACGCGACCCGUUCAUGCUCACGAAGGUUCAAGAAGCAAUCUUAGAAGCUGCUCAGUCAUCCUCUUCAGGAUUUUCAAGCCCGGGCAGGACACCAACUCCUGACAUGGGGUAUCAGAAUGGUCCACAAAUCGCGCUCAAACAGUACAACUCGCCCAUCAACAUGUAUUGCAACCAAGCCAUCGUCGAAGCCCUAGCUGCUCAAACAGUCGGCCUGAAAAAACCUGUGCCUGAUCAGGCUGAGCUGCUGGAAACAAAAAAGCUGAAUAACAUAAAGGAUUCUCCGACGUAUCAACUAAUACACGAUGAAGAGUGGAAGAAAGGAAAGGUGGAAGAAUAUCAACCACUUCAGGAACACAUAUACAAUGUAAUUCCUGGCAGUGAAAACUACAAAUCUGAUAUUCACCAAUCCGAUAGCUUUAAAACCAUAAUGCAUAACUUGCAAAGAAUGCCAGAACAUUAAAAAUUACUUGCAUUUUAAGCCAAUGAACGUUAUUGACAUAACACAUGCGAAGCAUUUUUCAGCACUGUCGGAAACCAUAUGAUAGUGUAAUAAUGAAAUAAAUUUAAAUACAUUAAUUAUUUGCCCUCUUGUCCCCGUUAUCGUAACAUAAGGUCUUAAGUGAGCCAAAAUUUUAAGAAAAGUCGCCAAAUUUAGUGAGUUACAGUGAGUGAGAAAAGAUAUUUUUCACGCCCUUUGCACAGCGAAAUCACGGGGUACCUUCAAUUUCCAGCCAAGUCUUUAAAUUUGACUUUCUUAAAAUUUCAGCGGACUAUGAGACCUUAUUCUCGAUAACGGGGACACAAGGGCAAAUAAUGUUUGCGUCAAAAAAUGUCUCAAUAUGCUCUUUCGAUUGCUAUCUAUUUCAGCUUUUUUUCCCAUUACAUUAUUCUUGUGGUUUCCUGGUGAGGACAGAAUUCUGUGUUCAGAAAAAAAACAGCAGACGGAUUUCUAUCCUUCAACUGAAAGAUUUUGAAAUCUUUCACUUGAAGAACAUAAAUCCGUCUACCAAUUUUUUUAAAAAACAUGAUUCCGUCCUAAAUACUGAAAAGUGACACCCAUGCGUUAUCCAUUUUCUUUUAAAAUUCUUUAAUACCGAUUCUAUGAUAAAUUGUGGUUUAUGUACAUUUUUUUACUUAUCCAUGAUCAAAAGAAAAAUUUCUCGCCAAGGUGGAUCAUGUAAACAGCUUGGAAUUUAUUUUACUCAUAGAACGAAACUGUAAAAAGAGUGUUCCCGUCAACAAGGUCAAUUGUAUGGAAUAAUUAUUACAAAUACAUUAGAAACUAUCAUUUUAUAAUAGUGCAAUAUUUAUCAUACGGCAAUGGUGUACAUUUUAUUAUCGUUUAAGGAAUUAGUUUAUUAAAAGAUGGAAAUUAUAGAGUGGAAAAUUAGCAAUUAAUCAAGUAACUUUAGCAUAACUUAUAAUAGGUCAAAUAAUGUAUAAAAAUGUAUCUAUAACGUUUUUGUGAAAUAUCUGACAGGCAAUCAUUUUAAAAUUCAGACAGAACAUUUUACAAUAUUAACGAGAUUCCCGUAAUUAAUAUAAACAGGCAACACAAUUAAGUUUUUGUUCAUUCUUGAAUAUGAGACAAUUCUUUAUCAUUGACUUACUUUGUUACUAGUUUGAGUACACAAAGUACACAAGCAUUUCAAAAAUAACCUUUACAUCUUUAAGUCAUUCUUAUUUUAUUAUUUUUUUUUAUGUUUUAUGAAAGGUUGUCGUACUAGCUAUUGAAAAUUCAAUGUUAUUUUGUUUUUAAAAGUUUUCAAGCACAAAAUUAAAUACUAAAAAAUAAUUGCUGAUAAUUGCCUUUUCAUAAUAGUUUUUAAAAAGGUACCCCCCUUUCUGCUUGAAUGAUAUCAUAACCACUAGAAUGGUAAGAACCAAAGUAUAACAAGAAUAGAGAAGAAAUAACUAUUAUGUAUAUUAUUAGUGUCGUAAAUAUAAAUGCUAUAUCAAUAUAGAGAACAUUCACAUCAUUUUCAUUAAUAAUUCUUUUCAUGAAAAAUUUUUGUCACUUCAAAAUCAUGAGUGACUUUUGUAUAGCCAUGUAAGUAUUGUUGUGAAAGGGUUGUUUUGUAUGAAUUCAUAUUUCUGUACAGUAAUUUAUUUCAAUAAAUCAAAGAAAACUAUU